GGAACUCCGCGCCCACUUGGAAGCUAACAUACAUGACGCCAAACACAAGCCGACGCUCGGCUAACAACGCCAAUAUCGGCUUCUUUUGUCAUUUCCAGACUACUUUGUCGAACUUUUACUCGUUUGACGAGUAACUUCCGCCAAACGACGCGAUAACGUGACUAGACUUGCCGCCUAAAUCGAGUCGUGAACCCGAAAGAGUAAGAAAAAGAAAGAGUUUGUUUCCUUCCCGUCUUUGUUUGUCCGGUGUCGCCGCCCGCCCGCCGACGUUUCGGCCUGCUCGUUGGCGCGAAGAGCCCGCCCGUUUGCCCGCCAGUGGCCAGUUAUAAAAAGAAACGUUACCUUGACGGGUCGAAACCAGUGUGUAGAAUUGGCGACGAACGACAGCGUAGCCGCUAAAGUUUCCGCUCCGGUUGUAGUGCGAGAGCUCGGCCUGUUUUGGUUUCCGACAUGGAGUCAGUGGAGAGCCGAUUGCGAAAUCGCUUUUGCCAUGUAGGGCAACGCCUGGCGUUGGCCAAUCACAGGCGAGGCGAGACCCGCCCGACCGCCUUUUCGACCAAUCAGCUCGGAGUAUGCCUGACCUGACGCAACCUUGGAUACGAAUGAUGUGUCGUCCCACCAAUCGGCGGCUAGGCUUUAUGUAAUGAGCUGACGGACGCGCGCGUGACGUCGUCAAACCUCGACGCUUGGGCGCAUUCACGAAAAAGACUUCAAAACACAAACAUUUGCAUAUCGAAAGAAUGAAUAUCGAAACCAUUGAAGCGAGGUUUUGAUUAAAAUGUAUGCAUAUACAUAAAUAUAAGUCUUUUCAGUCAAGGCUAUUGGCACGGAGCCGUAAUUUCACCAAGUAAACGACUGUUGUAUCGCUGAAAGAGUGACGUCAUAACUUGACCAAAGGAAGGAGUAACACGUUGAUGACGUUGCAGGAAUUCCCUGAGUAGUCAAGAUAUUUUGUGACUAAUAAUUUUUGAAUGACUUUGUUAAGAUAAUUGUUUUUCUUCCACUGUAAAUAUGUUUUGUUGUUUGUAAAUAUGUUAAAUUUGUACUUCAUGGCAGGGGCAGAUCCACUAGGGUGGCAUGGGAGGGCAACUAACACCCUAAAAGAUAGACUUGCCACCUCAGUCGGCACUUGAAUUUGACAUUUAGUGUUUGAGGAUCCCUAUUAUACUAAUAAUAUGAAAACAUAAAUAUAAAUAACUAUUAAAAAUAAUUUUUUUAAAAAUGUGAAGCUAAGUUUAUAUCAUUUUAUAAUUGUUACUUGUGCCUUUUUGUAGUGUCUACAUAUGAUUUCUUAGCAAUCUUUGAUUCAGUAUGUAUACACAUCUACCAUAUGUUACCACUAGGGGCGUAGAUAUAGAUCCAUAUGGAUCAAUAUUGAUUUGUUAAGCACAAUGUAAGGUAAUUCGAUCAAAAUACAAAAUUGUUAUAUUUCUGGUAUGCCGUAUUGUAUCUAAAAGAAAAAUUAAAUUGUACCACACAUCAAAACUCAUUUGUAUUGUUAUUGCUUUAGGUAAAUUAGAACUAAUUAUGUUAAAUUGCGUCCUCAUUUUGCAUUAAAUCAAUUGGAGGCCUUUGAAUCGAAUGGUCGCUGAAUAUCAUAACAUUUUCCAAAGAAUAUCAUCGAGAAAUAUUUGUCAACUGUAUACAGUAUUUAGCCAAAUUGGCUAACUGCCAUUGCAAAAGUCCUCUAACUUAAAUGCUAUAUAAUGCUAUUGUUAACAUAGCAAAAGCCCGUUAGCUUAAAUGCUAUAUAAUGCUAAUGUUAGCAAAUCAAAAGUUUGCUAGCUUAAAUGCGAUACAAUGCUUAUGUUUACAACAAUUGGCUAACUUGCAUAGCAAAAGUACGCUAGAUUAAAUGCUAUAUAAUGCUAAUGUUAGCAUAGCAAAAGUCCGCUUGCCUAAAUGCUAUAUAAUGCUAAUGUUUACAACAAUUGGCUAACUUGCAAAGCAAAAGUCCGCUGGCUUAAAUGCUAUAUCAUGCUAAGGUUAGCAUAGCAAAAGUCCACUCGCUUAAAUGCUAUACAAUGCUAAUGUUUACAACAAUUGGCCAACUUGCAAAGCAUAAGUCCGCUAGCUUAAAUGCUAUAUCAUGCUAAGGUUAGCAUAGCAAAAGUCCGCUCAGUUAAAAGCUAUAUCAUGCUAAGGUUAGCAUAGCAAAAGUCCACUAGCUUAAAUGCUAUAUCAUGCUAAGGUUAGCAUAGCAAAAGUCCACUCGGUUAAAUGCUAUAUAAUACUAAUGUUUACAACAAUUGGCUAACUUGCGUAGCAAAAGUCCGCCAGUUUAAAUGCUAUAUAAUGCUAAUGUUAGCAUAGCAAAAGUCCACUAGCUUAAAUGCUAUACAACGCUAAUGUUUACAAAAAAUUGGCUAACUUGCAAAGUAAAAGUCCGCUACCUUAAAUGCUAUAUAAUGCUAAUGUUAGCAUAGCAAAAGUCCGCUUGCCUAAAUGCUAUAUAAUGCUGAUGUUUACAACAAUUGGCUGACUUGCAAAGCAAAAGUCCGCUAGCUGAAAUGCUAUAUCAUGCUAAGGUUAGCAUAGCAAAAGCCCGCUCGGUUAAAAGCUAUAUCAUGCUAAGGUUAGCAUAGCAAAAGUCAGCCAGCUUAAAUGCUAUGUAAUACUAAUGUUUACAACAAUUGGCUAACUUACAUAGCAAAAGUCCGCUAGCUUAAAUGCUAUAUCAUGCUAAGGUUAGCAUAGCAAAAGUCUGCUUGGUUAAAUGCUAUAUCAUGCUAAGGUUAGCAUAGCAAAACUCCGCUAGGUUAAAUGCUAUAAAAUGCUAAUGUUUACAACAAUUGGCUAACUUGCGUAGCAAAAGUCCGCCAGUUUAAAUGCUAUAUAAUGCUAAUGUUAGCAUAGCAAAAGUCCACUAGCUUAAAUGCUAUACAAUGCUAAUGUUUACAAAAAAUUGGCUAACUUGCAAAGUAAAAGUCCGCUACCUUAAAUGCUAUAUAAUGCUAAUGUUAGCAUAGCAAAAGUCCGCUUGCCUAAAUGCUAUAUAAUGCUGAUGUUUACAACAAUUGGCUGACUUGCAAAGCAAAAGUCCGCUAGCUGAAAUGCUAUAUCAUGCUAAGGUUAGCAUAGCAAAAGCCCGCUCGGUUCAAAGCUAUAUCAUGCUAAGGUUAGCAUAGCAAAAGUCAGCCAGCUUAAAUGCUAUGUAAUACUAAUGUUUACAACAAUUGGCUAACUUACAUAGCAAAAGUCCGCUAGCUUAAAUGCUAUAUCAUGCUAAGGUUAGCAUAGCAAAAGUCUGCUUGGUUAAAUGCUAUAUCAUGCUAAGGUUAGCAUAGCAAAACUCCGCUAGGUUAAAUGCUAUAAAAUGCUAAUGUUUACAACAAUUGGCUAACUUGCGUAGCAAAAGUCCGCCAGUUUAAAUGCUAUAUAAUGCUAAUGUUAGCAUAGCAAAAGUCCGCCAGCUUCAAUGCUAUAUAGUACUAAUGUUUACAACAAUUGGCUAACUUGCAUAGCAAAAAUCCACUAGCUUAAAUGCUAUAUAAUGCUAAUGUUAGCAUAGCAAAAGUCCUCUAUCUUAAAUGCGAUAUAGUCCUAAUAUUUACAACAGUUGGCUAACUUGCAUUGGAAAACUCAACUAGCUUAAAUGCCAUACAAUGCUAAUGUUUACAACAUUUGGCUAAUUUGCAUAGCAAAAUUCUGCUAGCUUAAAUGCUAUAUAAUACUAAUGUUUGCCAGAUAGUUUCUGGUGCUCACUAGAAACAAUCUGGUGCGCACGAGAUUGCUAAAAAAAAAAUUUUUUCUGUCGAUGUCCCUUUAAGGUGACACAUGUGUACGAUGAUACAGCAGAGAUUGAUCAUUAAAUUCCUCCUUUUUAAUUUACAGUUUACAUACCUUCCAAAAUUAUUUUUUAAGCUAUUAUUUUCUUAUCAUAUUUUAAAUUCUAAAUUUUCUUCGAUUUUUAUUGUAUUCUAAAUGGAGGAUUUUCCUAUUUUUGUUGUAUUAUUCCAUAAUUUUUUUAAUGUGAUUAUUUUCAUGUAGUCUCCGAAUGCGGUUUUUUUUUUUUUUUUUUUAAUGUAAAUUCAGGUAUCAUGAUUACUUCUAACUAAAGAUGUCCCGAUCGAUCGGCAUCCUGAUCCGAUGACGUCAUUUUCAAAGUAUCGGAAUCGGCAAAAAAAUAUCGGACAUGCCUUUUUUUAAUUUUUUUUUUUUUUUUUAAUUAAAUCGUUUUCUAAUUGUAUUCAACGUUACAGACAAAAUGUGUUACAUUCAUCCAGAGUCUUUAGUUAUGGCUUAAAGUAGUGCUAUCAAAUUUAUCGCGUAAACGGCGAUAAUUAAUUUUUUUUUAAUUAAUCAUGUUAAAAUAUUGAAUGCAAUUAACGCAUGCGCUGCACGACCCACUCAUGCAUUGUCACGUUCAAUUUGUAAUGGUGCCGUUUUACCUAUAUACAGAGCUAACAGGCAACGUGAAAUGAGUAGAGAGAAUUUUGGCAGUCUUUGGAGCCUCUUUUUAAUUGGCUAAAGCCUUAAAAUCCCUCUCUCAACAAUUAGAAAUGUCGUGGGAAGCAAUGUGGGGAAGCAAGGUAGCAAUUGAUCUUUUUCUUACCACCCUAUGUUACUUCCCAACGCAGAGAAGAUAUAUCAAUUGCUGCCGCUACGCACAGUCAUGGUUGCACUUCCCAUCAUGCAUUUGGGCAUGGCUACAGUAUCAUUUACUGAAAGCUCAACAAAUACACUAGAUGGCAAUAUUUUGUCACAAUAUACAAAGUCACAUUUAUCCUUUAAGAAUUACAAGUCUUUAUCCGUGGAUCCCUCUCACAGAAAGAAUGUUAAUAAUGUAAAUGCCAUCUUGAGGAUUUAUUGUCAUAAUAAACAAAUACAGUACUUAUGUACUGUAUGUUGAAUGUAUAUAUUCGUCCGAGUUUUAUUCAUUUUUUUUCUUAAUCAAUUGCCAAAAUGUAUAUGAUCGGAAAAAAUUAUCGGGAAUGAUUGGAAUUGAAUCGGGAGCAAAAAAAAGCAAUCGGAUCAGGAAAUAUCGGGAUCGGCAGAUACUCAAACUAAAACGAUCGGAUCGGGAGCAAAAAAACAUGAUCGGAACAACUCUAUUUUUAACCUAAAUAGAUUGGACGUCAGUCACUGUCAAUGGCACUGAAUGAGUUAUAGCGUUCGGUAGUAGUGAAGUGUAUUUUGGUUAGGGUGCUCUAGAGGGCGUUGCAACCCCGCUCACAAUCCAUCCCACCCGCACGCGCAAACAUACACACGGACAGAUGUCAACGUGCACGACUUUGGAGAAACAAGCAUGUUCACGUUACACGUGUGACGUCAUCACACAUUGUCUUAUAUGCUCCUCGCAAGGGGGAAAAAAUGACCAUAUAUCAACUAGGUUAAAGGUCAUAUAAGCGUCAACUUUUGAACAACUUAGUCACCGCUGUCCCUCAAAAAGUUAAAUGUUGCUGCAGUUUAUUAAUAAAGCACUUUCAAAAAAUAUAGUUAUACAAAGUGCUGCAGAAUCAACUUAAAAAGCAAAUUUAGGCAUGAAGGGGUUAAUCGUGGCAGCCCUAUUGUGUGUUUUGGCAGUGAAAAGUCAAGAAAUCCAGAAGAGAUUUCUCAAGCGUUCACAUUUCUCCCUAUUGUCACACGCACACUCCAAUAUCCUCAAGUCACACGUAGAGAGGCGGUGCGUGUGGGCGUGGUCAGCGAGCGCAGUACCCGCCCGGGCCGCGCCGCCGAGCUAUAAAACAACUCGGCCACUUCGGACCCUCGACUCACGGGACGCAGGGACGGAAGGAGGGACGGAGCGCUUCAUUCCACUCCACUCCGCGCGAGCACGCGCGACUCGGCGGCCAUGCGCAUGGAGCUGCACAACCUGCUGUACGAGUCGGCGGCGCUGGCGGGCCCCCCGCAGUUCCUCCGGAGCCCGCCGCCGGGCGCGCCCCUCUGCCCGCAGGCCGACCCGGGCGGAGACAUCGGGGAAACGGAGACCUCGGUGGACCUGAGCGCCUACAUCGAGCCGUCCGCCUUCCACGACGACUUCCUGGCCGAACUUUUCCAACACCCGUCGAGGAUGCGCGCCGCCGAGUACGAGCACGCGCACGGACCCCAACUCACCUACGGCAAGACGGACGCCGCGGCGCUCAAGACGGAGGACCUGUGCGACGUGCACACUCGCCCGCUCUCCAUCAAGCAGGAACCGUGCGACGAGGACUUCCUGCGCGCCGGCUACCACGCGCCUCCUUACCCGCCUCCGCACCUGCAGUACCAAGCGGCCCGCUGCGCGCAGACCUCGGUGCACCUCCGGCCGGGUCAUCCCACCCCGCCGCCCACCCCCGCGGGUAGCCCUCACCCGCAGGCGCCGCACGACCCGCGGCGUCGGCCGCUCCCGGCGACCGGCAAGUCCAGGAAGCACGUGGACAAGAGCAGCCCCGAGUACCGUCUGAGACGCGAGCGCAACAACGUGGCGGUGCGCAAAAGUCGAGACAAAGCCAAGAUGCGCAACAUGGAGACGCAGCAGAAGGUUCUGGAGCUCGGCUCCGACAACGACAGACUCAGACGACGCGUGGAGCACCUCAGCCGCGAGUUGGACGCCCUGCGCGGCCUCUUUCGCCAGCAGCAGCAGCACGACCCCCGCUACGGGGGGCACGUGCACAGCUGAGGAGCCCCACGCGCGCGAUUGACGCUAAUGACAGUCAUCAAAUCUUUCUAUGCAACACUUGUUUUUCUCUACGACAAAAAAAAAACUACAAGAUUAAAGUUGAAAAAAACUGGUUACAUGUAUGGAUGCAGUAUGGCUAAUUUAGCCAAAUUAGCUGCUACGUGCUUUACGUCAAUGACCCUACCUUUGACCUACGACGUAUGAAUUGAUGAUAAUUCAAUGUAAGUGAGCCAAACAGUGAAGGAUUCCCUUAUUUUUGAAAGCAAUUCGAAAAAUACGAGAUGCUCUAUAUAAGAGGGGUGUGACAAUAUAUCGAAAAGACGAUACUUUGUAGCUCAAAAGUUUAGCGAUAUUCCCCGACCAAGACUCGAGUGCCGUCAAUGGCACUGAAACCAGAGCAGUCUGGUCACUUCCCAGCCUGUUUUAGGGCAUUUUUCAGGUGACUUCCUGUUGAUUGUGACUCACUUCAUAUUCAUUUGUGGACAUUGUCGAGUCACUUCCUUUUCAGUAACCCGAAAUCAACAGGAAGUGACCUGUAAAUGCCAUAAAAGGAAAAGGAAGUAACUGGAAAUCUACAGAAAGUGUCUUGUAAAUGCCCAAAAAAUCAAUAGGAAGGGACCGCACCAUAAAUGACUCUAAAUCAACAGGGAGUGACCUGUAAAUGACCCUAAAUCAAAUCAAUAGCAGUUGACCUGUAAAUGCCCAAAAAUCACAAAGAAGUGAACGUAAAUGCCCCCAAAAAAGGAAUUGACCUUUAAAUGCCCCCAAAUCAGUAGGAAGUGAAUGUAAACACCCCAAAAUCAACAGGAAGUGACCUUUACAUGUCCAGAAAUCGAAAGGAAGGGACCGUAAAUGCCCCAAAAUCAACAAGAAGUGACCUGUAAAUGCCCCAAAAUGAAUAGGAAAUGACCAGUAAAUGCUCCAAAAUCAACAGGAAGUGACCCGAAAUGUCCCAAAAAAGGAAUUGACCUUUAAAUGCCCCCAAAUCAGUAGGAAGUGAAUGUAAACACCCCAAAAUCAACAGGAAGUGACCUUUACAUGUCCAGAAAUCGAAAGGAAGGGACCGUAAAUGCCCCAAAAUCAACAAGAAGUGACCUGUAAAUGCCCCAAAAUGAAUAGGAAAUGACCAGUAAAUGCUCCAAAAUCAACAGGAAGUGACCCGAAAUGUCCCAAAAAAGGAAUUGACCUUUAAAUGCCCCCAAAUCAGUAGGAAGUGAAUGUAAACACCCCAAAAUCAACAGGAAGUGACCUUUACAUGUCCAGAAAUCGAAAGGAAGGGACCGUAAAUGCCCCAAAAUCAACAAGAAGUGACCUGUAAAUGCCCCAAAAUGAAUAGGAAAUGACCAGUAAAUGCUCCAAAAUCAACAGGAAGUGCCCGAAAUGUCCCAAAAAAGGAAUUGACCUGUAAAUGCCCCCAAUUCAGUAGGAAGUGAACGUUAACACCCCAAAAUCAACAGGAGGUGACCUGUAAAUGCCCAAAAAUCGAAAGGAAGAGACCGUAAAUGCCUCAAAAUCAACAGGAAGUGACCUUUAAAUGUCCCAGAAUGAAUAGGAAAUGACCUGUAAAUGUCCCAAAAAAGGAAGUGACCUGUAAAUGCCCCCAAAUCAGUAGGGAGGGACCGCAAAUCAGUAGGGAGGGACCGUAAAUGCCCCAAAAUCAACAGGAAGUGACCUGUAAAUGCCCCAUAAUCAACAGGAAGUGAACGUUAAUGCCCCAAAAUCAACAGCAAGUGACGUGUAAAUGACCCCAAAUCAAUAGCAUGUGACCUCUAAAUGCCCCAAAAUCAACAGGAAGUGACCUGUCAAUGCCUCAUAAUGAACAGGAAAUCACCUGCAAAUGCCCCAAAAUUAACAGGAAGGGACCCUAAAUGCCCCAAAAUCAUCAGAAUGUGACCUGUAAAUAUCCAAAGAGCAACAGGAAGUGACCUGUAAACACCCCAUAAUCAACAGGAAGUGAACAUUAACGCCCCAAAAUCAACAGGAAGUGAUCUUUAAAUGUCCAAAAAUCAAAAGAAAGGGACCGUAAAUACCCCAAAAACAACAAGAAGUGACCUGUAAACGGCCCAAAAUCAACGGGAAGUGACCCGUAAAUGACCCCAAAUCAAUAGGUGACCUGUAAAUGCCCAAAAUCGAAAGGAAGGGACCGUAGAUGCCCCAAAAUCAACAAGAAGUGACCUGUAAACACCCCAUAAUCAACAGGAAGUGACCUGUAAAUGUACCAGAAAAGGAAGUGACCUGUAAAUGCCCCCAAAUCAUUAGGAAGUGAAAGUUAACACCCCAAAAUCAACAGGAAGUGACCUGUAAAUGUCCUAAAUCAACAGGAGGUGACCUGUAAAUGCCCAAAAAUCGAAAGGAAGGGACCGUAAAUGCCCCAAAAUCAACAAGAAGUGACCUGUAAAUGUCCCAAAAAAAGAAGUGACCUGUAAAUGCCCCCAAACAGUAGGUAGAGACCUUAAAUGCCCCAAAAUCAACAGGAAGUGACAUGUAAAUGCACCAAAAUGAACAGGAAAAUACCUGUAAAUGCCCCAAAAUUAACAGGAAGGGACCCCAAAUGCCCCAAAAUCAUCAGGAAGUGACCUGAAAAUAUCCAAAAAGCAACAGGAAGUGAUAUGUAAAUGCCCCAAAAUUAAUAGGAAGUGAACGUAAAUGCUCCAAAAUCAACAGGAAGUGAACGUAAAUUCCCCCAAAUCAACAGGAAGUGACCCGAAAUGUCCCAAAAAAAGAAGAAUUGACCUGUAAAUUCCCCCAAAUCAGUAGGAAGUGAACGUUAACACCCCAAAUCAACAGGAACGGACCUUUAAAUGUCCAAAAAUCAAAAGGAAGGGACCGUAAAUGCCCCAUAAUCAACAAGAAGUGACCUGUAAAUGUCCCAAAAAAGGAAGGGACCUGUAAGUGCCCCCAAAUCAGUAGGAAGGGACCGUAAAUGCCCCAAAAUCAACAGGAAGUGACAUGUAAAUGCCCCAAAAUCAACAGGAAGUGACAUGUAAAUGCCCCAAAAUUAACAGGAAGGGACCCCAAAUGCCCCAAAAUCAUCAGGAAGUGACCUGAAAAUAUCCAAAGAGCAACAGGAAGUGAUAUGUAAAUGCCCCAAAAUUAAUAGGAAGUGAACGUAAAUGCUCCAAAAUCAACAGGAAGUGAACGUAAAUUCCCCCAAAUCAACAGGAAGUGACCCGAAAUGUCCCAAAAAAGGAAUUGGCCUGUAAAUGCCCCCAAAUCAGUAAGAAGCGAACAUAAACGCCCCAAAAUCAACAGGAAGUGACCUGUAAACACCCCACAAUCAACAGAAAGUGAAUGUUAACGCCCCAAAAUCAACAGGAAGUGACCUGUAAAUGCCCAAAAUCAAAAGGAACGGACCGUAAAUGACCCAAAAUCAACAAGAAAUGACCUGUAAAUGUCCCAAAAAAGGAAAGGACCUGUAAAUGCCCGCAAAAUGAACAAGAAAUGACCUGUAAAUGUCCCCAAAAUGAACAGGAAAGGACCCUUAACGCCCUUAAAUCAACUGAAAGUGACCUGUAAAUGUCCCAAAAACAAGAAGUGACCUGUAAAUGCCCCCCAAAUCAUCAGGAAAUAAUGUGAAAUGUACCAAAAUGAAUUUAUUAUUUAGUGGCUCCCACUGGCAGAUGUAGACGUCCAAUCCUUCAAAUGGAUUGGACGUCUACUAGUGCUAAACUCGAAGCAGAAGAAUGAAAAUCUCUUUUUUUUCAGUUUUUUUGUAGAAUAUCCUAGAAAGAUUUUCUGAUAAUUGUAGUAUCGCCUUAUCGUGAGAUCAUCGGUAUUGUCGUCAUCGUAUCGUAUCGUGAACCAUCAAGUUUCCCACCCUUACUAAAUAUUGAUUUUAAGGGAGGUGGCUAAGCGCUACAUUAAACACGUAGCAUCUCAUUUAGCUACAUUAGCCGUAGCGGAUCCAUACGAAUUACGACUUUAAUCUCAUUAAGAUGCGUUGGGGACGGACGCGUUUUUUCCUCGAGCGUGACGCGAUGUCACCAGUUGGACCAGAUAGGCCACGCCCCCGCGAUACAGCACAUUCAAAUUUCAGAUGACUGAAUUGACGACAAGGAAGCAACCAAUCAAACACGUUUUCUCAUUCUCGUGACUUCAGUUUGCCGGAACCUUCCUCAACGACCAGUCAACAAAAGUCCAAAGGACUAUGAGAAAUAUUAGGAGGUAAAAGUCACCAUUCUACAAGAAUGAAGUCGUAUAUUGUAAAAUGAAAAGAUUAAAAUCGUAAUAUUACGAGAUUAAAGUCGUUUUGUUGUUUAUUUUAACCUUACGUCAAGUUGUUUGGUGUCACGGGCUGAACAAGACAUUUCUGGAGAAAUGGCAAAAGUAGCUUUGCUUUGGCAGUCAAACCCUUGGGGUCACUUCCUGUUGAUUUGGGGGCAUUUUGGUAUCACUUCCUGUUGAUACCAAUUCACUUCCUGUUUAUUUGGUGGCGUUUAGGACUAAUAAACAACAAGUAACCCAGAAAUUCCCUAAAAUCAACUGGAAAAGAUACAAAAUUUACAGCAAGUGACCAUAGAAUUACCCAAAUUCAACAGGAAGUGACCCAAAACCAACAGAAGGAGACCUAAAAUAAAUAGAAAGUGAUCAAUGAACAAGCAGUAACUAAAAAAUGCCCUAAAACCAACAGGAAGUGACGAAUAAAACAAGAACUUACCAAGAAAUGCCCUCAAAUCAACAGGAAAUGACACCAAAUUUACAGGAAGUAACCUUGGAUGACCCAAAAUCAACCGAAAGUGACGUAAAACCAACCAGAAGUGACUAAAAAAAAGAAGUGACCCAAAAAUGCCCUAAAAUCAACAGGAAAUGAUAGACAAUCGAUAGGAAGUAACCCUGGAAUGACUCAAAAGCAAUUGAAAGUGACCCAAAACCAACAAGAAGUGACCCAAAAUAAACAGGAAGUGACUAAUAAAAAACAAGUGACCCUAAAAUGCCCUAAAAUCAACAGGAAAUGACAGAAAAUCGACAGGAAGUAACCCUGGAAUGUCUCAAAAGCAAUUGAAAGUGACCCAAAACCAACAAGAAGUGACCCAAAAUAAACAGGAAGUGGCCAAUGAACAGUAAGUGACACAAAAAUGCCAUAAAGUCAACAGGAAAUGAUACAAAUUCAACAGAAAGUGACCCAAAAUCAACAACAACUGACCUGAAUUAAACAGGAAGUGUCCAAAAAAAAAACUAAAAUCAACAGAAAAUAACACACAUUUUACAGGAAGUUACCCAAAAUGAGCAGGAAGUGGCCAAUGAAGAGGAAGUGACUCAGAAAUGUCAUAAAAUCAACAGGAAAUGACACCAAAUUUACUGGAAGUGACCCCUAAGUAUCCUAAGUGAGCCAGAAAGGCCCUAAAAUAAACAAGAAAUGAUAGAAAAUUUACAGGAAGUGACCCUGGAAUGAACCAAAAAUCAAUAGAAAGUGACCCAAAAACAACAGAAAGUGAUCUGAAAUAAACAAGCAGUGGCCCAGAAAUGCACUAAAAUCAACAGGAAAUUAUACAAAAUUAACAGGAAGUGACCCAAGAAUGAAGCAAAAUCAACAGAAAGUGACCCAAAACCAACAAGAAGUGACCUGAAUUAAACAGGAAGUGUCCACAAAAGCCCUAAAAUCUACAGAAAAUAACACACACUUUACAGGAAGUUACCCAAAAUGAGCAGGAAGUGGCCAAUGAAGAGGAAGUGACUCAGAAAUGCCAUAAAAUCAACAGGAAAUGACACCAAAUUUACUGGAAGUGACCCCUAAGUAUCCUAAGUGAGCCAGAAAUGUCCUGAAAUAAACAGGAAAUCAUAGAAAAUUUACAGGAAGUGACCUUGGAAUGAACCAAAAAUCAAGAGAAAGUGACCCAAAAACAACAGAAAGUGAUCUGAAAUAAACAAGUAGUGGCCCAGAAAUGCACUAAAAUCAACAGGAAAUGACGUAAAAUUUACAGGAAGUAACCCCUGAAAUGCACCGAAACUGAACAAAAACCCAACAAGAAGUGCCAUAAAAAAACAGAACAUGGCCAAUAAACAGUAAGUGACCCAGAAAUCAACAGGAAAUGAUGCAAACUUGACAGGGUGUGACAUCGGAAUGACCCACACAAUGAAAACAGGAAACAAAAGUAAAACAAAUCAUACUAGAAAAUGCAAUUUGUGGUAACUUUGCUUUGAUGGUUGCAAUAUCAGGUCACUUCCUGUUUAUUUUUGGGCAUUUCAAGUUCACUUCCUGUUCAUAUUGGGUCACUUCCUGUUGAUAUGAGGGACUCCCAGGUUCACUUCCUGUUCAUUUAGGGGCAUUUCCUGUUGAUUUGAGGGUAUUUCAGGAUCACUUCCUGUUGAGGUUGAAAUCUAUAGGAGUGAAUAGAGAUUUUUGCGCCAUUGAAAUGAAUAGGAAAUUUUGGCCAUUAGAAAUCAAUGGGAAAUUUGGCC